GCUACGAUCGAUUUCUCAGGUGUGAAUAAUACAGGAAGUGAAGCCAUUUUUCAAACUGAUAUAACUGUAUACGAAAACAUUGGCCAGAGUGACGAAGUCCCGAGCUAAGGAAAUGCCGAACUUGUACCUCUUGUGUGCGACUGUUGUCGUACUGUUGUCAGUAUUUGAAUCAGCUGAGGGUCUGAACUGCUUCCAGUGUAACUCUACAUUAGAUCACAACUGCCAGGAGAAUUUCGACCAUGAUUUCAGCAUCAACCCUCUGUCCUCACAGUACUGUACUGUAUGGAACUCUCGCUUCUGCAUCAAAAUCACUGGACUCUGGGGAGGUGUAGUCGGGACUCAUCGAUUCUGUAGCUCUCGUGACCUUGGUGACCAAUGUCAAGAUAUUUUCUACCCUGAUCACGAUCGUAUGUACCGAGCCUGUGUGUACACAUGUACUUCUGAUGACUGCAAUGAGGCAAGCUCGCUGUGGACAAAAUGGACACUUGUUACCUCCCUUGUGCUGGCUUUCUUUUCCUAUAAAAUUGGUGUGUUAUGAUUUUUUGUGGUGAAACAUCAUUGUACUUGGGACAGAUCUCCUUUAACUAUGCAAUUUCUGGGUCACACACCAGAAAUCUAGGAGUGCUUUAUGUAACCUAGAAAAGUCUAUAUUUCUAUACACUGUAAUUGAGGAAAUAUGAGGCAUUUGGAUAAAUACAUAAUCUACAAUGUUUAGCAGGAUUGUGUCGUAAAGAGAAGUCGUGUUCAUAUUUUAUGACAAAUAUUUUGAGGAAAUAAACCUCUUUUAUUCAUAGCAUGUUACAUCUGAAUGAGUAAUGUCAGUGUUAGAUGUGAAGUCUAAGGCGAGUUUGAAAUGUUUAACUCACAAAAUACGAUCGUAGUAUUAAUAACGAGUAAGAACUCUGUCUUGGUUUAUGAUGGGUUUAUCAGUUUUUAUAGCUGUCCAUAUGUAGACUAUAUUACAUGCAUAUUAGAAAUUCAAGGAUUACAUUACAAUCAUUGUCAUUUACUAAAUCUGAAAUGCUGCAGAUCAGAUGUUAUAUCAUAAUGAUUAUUACUUAAACAGCAGCUUUUUUAUUAUUAUUAUAAAAUGUUACAAAUUGUAAUGACUCGAUUUGGAGAUAAGUUCAGUGAAAAUUUGGGACCAUCUUUUUUUCCAACUUGGUAUGUGACAACUUGAUUUAGUAAUUAGUGAUUGAACAGUGUUGAACUGCAACAUCUUACAUUUCCAUGCUAUGUGCUGCAUGAAUUGAAUGUGAUUGUAAGCUACAAUAGUUCCAACAGGAAAUGCAAUUUUAAAGAGAGUUUGUGCUUUUGUUUUGACAAAAAUGUAUGCUCCACUAAGAAUAACUUUCGAACAAUUCCCUGAAUCCCCCCCCCCCCCCCCCCCCCCCCCCCCCCCCCCCCUCAAACAACAAUACAACCAUAAUGUGUACUGUAUACUUAGAAUAUGGAACCAGUUGUAUUACAGGAAGUUGUCACAUAUUUUUAAAUCGGAUUUAAUGAUAUUUAUUGUAGUCUCCUAAAAUUCCACACUUCUAUUUACCAGGAACAUGUUAAGCCAGAUAUUAUAAUAAUUCUUAAGUGUCUACAAGCCACAACUUAGCUAGGUCCAACUACAUGUAUAUAUCAAAACUUAUUUCUUGUCAAGAGAUGUCAUUUCUUUAUGAAAACCUGGUUACAGAGUUUGUUUAAGAGGUCUUACUUAUGUAAUUGUUUUUUUCAUAGUCAUUCCUUUUCCAGAUUCAAAUUCACAUACAAUCAUUAUCAUCUAAGUGUGUAUUAUCUUCACAUCAGAUAGCCUUCCUAGGGAACACAUUGGGGUAGAAUACACCUUCAUUUAUCAGUUCCAUUCUUUAAAUAUCUGUAUACAUGUAAAUAUGUAAAUCUUUAUUUCUCACAAUUAAGAUUAUCAAAAAAGCUUCAAAUUCCCUCCAUGGAAUUAAUCAAAUCCAUAAAUCCUUAAUUUUAAUGUAUUUACAUUUUUUAACAAAACUAGGCAAUUCAUAAUACUGUAUAUAACCAUGAGUUUGUAAGAAGGGUGUAAAUAUGAUGACUUUGUACAUAAUCAGCAAAGAGAACUUUGUAGUAUCCCUAUUGUAAAAUAUGUAAAUGUGCCACAUAUACUAAUAUGAAGCAGAGAUUUUUAUCACUGGUUUGGGAUGUGCCAUUUUGCCUAAUUUUGGGAAGAAAAUUUGUAAAUUAAGUAAUUUAAUAGUUUGCAAAUUUUUGGAUUUGGUUUAAAUAUGAAAUAAUUUCAAUUGAGAAUGGGGUCCAUUUUCAACCCCCAAAGAACCCUCAGAAAAAGCUUUGAAAUGAUAGAACAUUGUAAUGGUCAUCAAUUAUCCUGUCCAUUACAUACAGAAAAUACAUAAGUAUGCAUUCGAUCAGAUUCUCUAUGUUUGGCAAUUAUCAAACUACCUGGUAUUUAGUUAUAUAUAACUGUUAUUAAAUGUCCCUAAACUGUCACCUGCUGGUCCCUAACCGGAGUCACAGAGCCUGUCAGUUUCAGUAGACUAACAUAGAAACCCACUACUGCUAUGUUGUAUUAAUAUGUCCAAAUCAUGCUUUAGUGCUUGUUAUCUAUGAAUACUUUGAUCCAGCAAUUCAACUUUUCAAUGAUCUUUUAGUAAUAACUUUACAAGAUCACAUGGAAAGGGCUGUUAAUGAAUCUGAAUUACUGACCUAGAUUUUGGAAUUACAAAUGUAGCUCUUUAAAAGUUGACAAAUGUAAAUAUGAUUGGUUUAUUUAAAACAGUAUUUUAUUACCAAAAAUAUUUACAAUACAUUGGUCAAUAUAUAACAACAGUUAAAUACAGGGAUUUGGCAGCAAGAGUGCUCUCUUAUUUUAAGCCAUCUCCCUACAGUAAAUGAAUUGCAAAUGUGUCCUACAAAUUAAUUAUGAUUGCAAUAAUAGAUUUAUUGUUAAAUUUUUGUACAUAUUUAUAAUCAUUUUUGUACAUAUUUCAAAUCAGAAAUCACAUAGAAAACUGACAAAUGUUAACCAUUGCCAUUCAACAUUUUAUAUUCUUUAUACAAAUUGUACAGAAUAUUUUCAAUAAACAAAUGGAAUUUAUCUUU